AUGCCCGCCGAAGAAGCAGCAUCGCGUGCUCCGUCAGUCAGCAUGAGCUACUCACCACGGAAACCAAUGCCCUCUGCCCUAACAUUUGAUCUUGAAGCUAGAUGCUCAACAACCAAAGCCCGCGCCAGCACCCUCAUACUACCCCACGGUCCCGUCCAAUUACCCAUAUUCAUGCCCGUUGCGACACAAGCGUCCCUUAAAGGACUCACGCCGGAUCAGCUGAAGCAAACUGGAUGCAUGUUAUGCUUGAACAACACAUAUCAUUUGGGGUUAAAGCCAGGCCAGGAAGUGCUAGAUGCGGUAGGCGGCGCGCAUAAAUUUCAGGGAUGGGAUAGGAAUAUAUUGACGGAUAGUGGUGGGUUCCAGAUGGUGUCAUUAUUGAAACUUGCUAGGGUUACGGAGGAUGGAGUUCGAUUUUUAAGUCCGCAUGAUGGGACGCCGAUGCUUCUUACUCCGGAACACUCGAUAUCACUACAGAAUUCUAUAGGAUCAGAUAUUAUUAUGCAACUUGACGAUGUCAUCGCUACUACGUCCCCCGAUCACGCCCGUAUGAAAGAAGCAAUGGAGCGUUCGGUACGCUGGCUAGAUCGAUGCAUUGAUGCGCACAAAUACCCUGAAAGACAAAACUUAUUUUGUAUCAUACAAGGUGGUCUUGAUUUGGAGAUGCGCAAAGAGUGCUGCAAACAAAUGGUCGAGAGGGAUACUCCAGGUAUUGCCAUUGGUGGGUUGUCGGGAGGUGAAGCGAAAGAUGAAUUCUGUAAAGUAGUUGAUACAUGCACAGAGCUAUUACCUGAGAAUAAACCAAGAUAUGUCAUGGGCGUGGGAUACCCGGAAGAUCUAGUCGUAGCGGUCGCAUUGGGUGCAGAUAUGUUUGAUUGCGUUUGGCCUACUCGAACGGCUCGAUUUGGAAAUGCCGUGACAUCUUCAGGUACUUUGAGCCUUCGACAUGCCUCGUUUGCAAACGAUUAUAGACCAGUUGAGGAAGGGUGCAAGUGCACUACAUGCAGACCGAAAUCCGAAGGCGGGCUCGGUGUGACGCGCGCGUUUAUUCACCAUUUGGCAUCGAAGGAAACAGCGGGUGCGCAUUUGCUGACCAUGCAUAAUGUUCAUUACCUCCUUUCUUUGAUGAACUCCGCAAGACAGGCAAUCAUUGACGAUCGAUAUCCGGCCUUUUGCCGCGAGUUUUUCGGAAAACUAUAUAGCAACCGUUCAGACUAUCCUGACUGGGUGGUCAAUGCGCUACAGAAAGUUGGUGUAGACUUGAUGGUAGAUUAA